CGAAAUUCACCAAACUUUGCCAUUUCUGGCUGGUCGCAGAGCUCCGCGCCCGGCUAGGGAUGAGCUGGAUGGCUAGCUAUGAACGGUGAAUUGAACGUCAAUGGUGUAACUGUUGACUCAGGAGCGAGUACAUCAGAGGCCUUCGCUCCAGCCGCUUCAUCCCUUGUGAUGAGAGACUCCCACCCUAACUCAAUGAGCGGGUAUGACUUUUUCUGGGACUGCGGACAAUACCAGUCUACAAGUGUGGACAAACUCAAAGAAAAGGUGAUGCUGCCCCAGCUGCCUUCUCAAGGUCAACAUCAGUCAAAUGGUCCGUUCGAAACUGCUAUUAAAGAAGUCCCAACUGAGCCUUCUGCAAUGCCGAAAAACCUGAAGCUGUGUGAUGACAGGACUCACAAUUCUACUGGUUUGCAUUUUGAUCCUUACAGCUUAUGUUCGACUCCGAAAAUUCACUUUGAUAUGGUGCAAGAGCCAUCAUCUUUCUCCCCAAACCAUGAGCUCACCAGGACUAUGUCUGAAGAAGUUCACUCCUUCACGUACCCUUAUGAUCACCAGUAUGAACACUGUAACUCUCAGCCAGACAUAGUAGACCUCGAGGAUGCUGACCUGGACCUCUUCUGCAGCAAAGAUUAUGAACAAGUUGUGGAGCUGGAGGAUAAAGAGUCAGAGUCCAGGCGGAGCUCCGGUGGCAUCGAGUCAAAGAUGGAGGAACCGAAAAUGUCGGUGAACCAAGACAUCUCUAUCAAUCCCCUCUUUGACUGCGACGGUGAUCACUCUUUGGAAAACUCUAUCACGUUCAACAUUCCACUCAAGGAAUUUACUCAUGAUCCGGCCUCAGUUGUAGUGAUGCCGUACACCUCAUCAUAUUUCAUGGGGCUCUCUGGUGAGUCAGAUAAUGAAUUGAAUGACUGCCAUGAUGCAGAGGUGAAAAUGUCACUGAAGCAGGAUGUCUCCACCUUCUCCCUCUCUGACUCCACACUUGCUCCUUCGCUAGAAAGUUUGAAUCUUUUCAAAUCUUCAUUUAAUGAAACUCAGACCUCAGCCUCCCUCCUGAUGACUCCACGUUCAUCAUCGCCGAGAAAAGAUCUGACUGUCUCAGACAGUGAAACCGAUGAGUGUGAGGAUCCUGAUGCAGCAGCAGUAAAAAUCCUUUCGAAGCUGGUCAUGUCAACUCUCACGCUGUCUGAUGCUGAUGCUGAUGGCCCUGGUGCUCCUGAAAGCAACAGUGCCCGCUCUCUGGAAUCCUCCACACUCUUCAAAACCCCUGUGAAGAAAGAAAAGAAGGAUUCUGUCCCGCUGACACCUCUGACGCCAUCAUCGUCUGCCACAAGUAAAGGCGAAUGCAUACGUAGAAGAGUAACUGAUGAACGCGAAUUGCGCAUUCCACUGCAAUACGGAUGGAGGCGUGAGAUCAGACUCCGGACUGUUGGGACCCGCCUGCAUGGGGAAACCACAUAUUACGCCCCCUGUGGAAAGAGGUUACGUCAGUUCCCUGAAGUUAUUAAGUACCUGGUUCGAAAUGCAGUGACUGAAGUCAAUCGGGAACAUUUCAGCUUCAGUCCCAGGAUGAAUGUGGGAGAUUUUUUUGAAGCACGGGACUCCUCUGAGGGUGAGCAGUGGUGCAGGCUUACUGUGGAAGAAAUCCCUUUACGUAUUAAAGCCAUGAUGGGCAGACGGGGACGGCCACCGAAUCCGAACAAGCAACGAGCCCAGAAACCACCAAGGGUCAAGCGGGGCAAAGGAAGGCCACCGAAGGUCAAGACUGUGACGUUGCUCAACAAGACAGAGUUCAAACUCAUGAAAAGAAUCGAAUCUCAAGCUAUUCUGAAUGAAAAAGAGAAGCAGAAGCUGAAGGCCUUGCUGAAUAAAUUGAAGCAAAAGGGACAGUCUCAACUUGAACCAGAGCAGAAGAUGCAGAAAGCCCAAAGGUUGAGAAAGGAUCAGAAGGACAAGCAAACGAAGAAGCAGCAGAAACUGAAAGGGAAACAGCAGAAGUUGCAGCUCGGGCAGGAGAUGAAGAAACCCAUCGAAGACCUGUAUUUAACUGAUCACAAGCCUUUGCCGGAGUUUGUCCCCAUUCCAGGCCUGGUGCUUUCUGGCCGUGCCUUUUCUAACUGUCUCAUAGUCAUUGAGUUUUUGCACAACUAUGGCAAGGUGCUCGGCUUCGACCCCAGCAGGGAUGUGCCCAGCUUGAAUACACUCCAGGAAGGGCUGCUGAAUGUUGGAGACAAUAUGGCUGAUAUCCAGGAUCUGCUCAUUCGAUUACUCCAGAUUGCAGUGCUCGAUCCAGGAUUGCCACAUAAAUACCAGUCAGUAACAUUUCUUGGGCAGCGAAUCUGUGAUAUUGGAAUUAACCGGGAUAAUGUGUCAGAAGUGCUGCGGAUUUUCCUGGAGUCUUACGGUGCUGAAACAGAGCUUUGUGAAGGGCUGAAAAGCAAAUCAUUCCAGGCACACUGCUCUGAGAAAAAGGCAGCUGUGCUAGCCUUCCUCGUCAAUGAGCUGCUGGGGAGCAGCAUAGUGAUAAGGGAAAUAGAUAAAAACAUAGAUCAUCGUGCCAACAUUCGGAAGAACAAGUGGAUCGUGGAUGGCAAACUGAGGAGGUUAAAGAGAGCUCUGGCAAAGAAGAAAGGAAUUCGGGAGGCCGAUAGCAUUGUGGACAGCAAGAGGCGAAAGCAAGGCCUCUGUUCUGAAGAAGGCCACAACAGUAUAGCAGCAAGCAUAAGGGCCGAGGAGAGUGUGAAGGAGGAAACAAAAGAUAAAUCAUCAGAAAGAAAGAUUGAUGGAAUGAUUAAGAUGGAUGAUCAUCCUUCUGCCAGCAUUGCUGAAUUAAAUCGUCAGAUCGAGAAACUCAGUAAGCGACAAAGUUUUUUUGCACGGAAGCUGCUUCAAGUCUCCCAGACACUACGUGCCUUGUUAUUGGGGCAGGACCGUUUCAAGCGACGCUACUGGGUUUUUCCCCACCUCUGUGGGGUGUUUGUGGAAGGCUCUGAGGGCUCGCUAGGUACUGAAGAAUUGGAAGCAGAAAAGAGCAAGCUCUUGGAGAAUGCCCCAAUUAAAAUGGAGGCGAGCGAGGUAGCUGGCAAGAAUCCAACCACUCUGGGUCAGCCAGCAGAUAACCAGCAGGGAAUAUGUGACGCCGAACUGGUCAACCCAGAGAAUCCAAAGUUGCAAGAUGCUGCAUAUGCCAAACAUUCCAGUGAUGCUAUACAAGACUCCCAUUCCACCAGUCAGACUCCUCAAAACAUUGACCAGUCGGGUGUUUUUUUAGCCUGGCUAAGCAUCCUACAGAACUCUGUGUCAAACCUUUCCCUUCCUACACCUCACUGCAGCUCUAACAAAGAUAACCCAAGUACUAUCUCCCCAGAAGUGCUGCUGGCCAGCAAUCGGAAGCUGUUUGAUCUUAGCAUCCCAAACUCAGAGCAAAGUGUCAAAGAGUGUGCUGAGAAACACGGACAGUGGUUCAGCCUUUUACCUAGAACACCCUGCGAUUCCUCGUCGAUUACCCAUCUGCCAUUUUCUUCACAACAGAAUCAAUCCCAGAGACUGGAUUCUGAUACAAGUCAGCUGAACCAAGAUGGGCUAAAGCCACUUACAUCUCCUGAGAUUACAUCAUCACAGUCUGCAGACUCGAUGGACCCCGCUGCUCCUUGCGAGACCCUGAUCCCCACUUCUCUCGAAGUUGGCUCCACUGCGACCAAACCAAAGGUCAAGUCUUGUCGUUGCGAUAGUGCUCCUCCGAGUGUAUGCUUUUUGCCACCGACACCUAGGCGUCGUGGACGACCAUCAAAAUUGCAAAAAGAGAUGAGUCAGCGGCAAUUGAAACCUAUUCCAGAAGAGAUGCAGAAAGGCUGGUGGCACAUUGACAACCUGGAGCAGCUAAAUUGCCUCCUUAAAGCCCUUCAUCCGCGGGGGCUACGGGAAAAGGCUUUACAGAAACAACUCCUCAAACAUAUGGACUAUGUCAGUCAAGCUUGUAUGAGAGAGAAGAAAGAUUCCAUCUUUAGCAAUAAUGACAAGGAGCAUUCCGUAACGAAGGAAAUGGUGGAGAAGUGGAAGCCAGAGAAGUGGGCAUUUCCAGUCGAUCUUGCAGCUCUGCGCUACCUUGAGGCCCUGGAGCAGAGAGUAAUAUCUGCAAGUCUGCAGGUGAAGGGCUGGACCAGUCCAGACACCGACUCCACUCGAGAUGACCUGGUGUAUUUCGAUCAGCAGUGGCUCACCUCAGGUGAUGGGAAAAUGAAAGAUGAGGAGGAGAUGGAGUUAAUGCGACGAAAUAACAACCCUCUGGACUUGGCUGUAACCCGCUUGGCAACGUUAGAGUUAAACGUAGAGCGGCGAUAUCUGAAAGAACCACUGUGUCAACCAGUUUUGGGGAAAGUGGAGAACACAGGGACAAUGAGUUCUGCUUCUGCAGAGGGUGUCAAUGAUGCUAAGCAGUACAGCAAUGAAGGCCACAUCUCUCCUGGCUUAAGUGUGUGGCGAGAAACCUUACUGAAAUGCACAAAUGCUGCUCAGGUAUUCAUGUGCAUUCAACAACUCGAGAGGGCCAUUGCCUGGGAGAAAUCUAUCAUGAAAGUGUCAUGUCAGAUCUGUGGAAAGGGGGACAAAGAUGAGUUUUUGCUGCUGUGCGACAAUUGUGAUCAGGGAUGUCACACCUACUGCCUCAAGCCCAAGAUUGUUGAGAUUCCAGAGGGAGACUGGUUCUGUCCGAUCUGCAUUGCCAUGGCAAGUAACCAGUCUGUCAGGAGUGGGGCAUCCCAGAGGGAAAGCAAACAGAGAAGAAACAGGAGGCAUUUCACAAACAAAGCCAAUGACUUUGAGUAUUUUGACCCACAUUGUCCUAGAAAAUAUAUGAAGAAACGCAGAAGAAAGUGUUCAUUGCGAGGGGGAUCUCCAGCUGCCAAGAGGAAGAAAAUAUCAAACCGAGACCAAUCCAGUGACCUCAUGUUAUGCGAGGUUAUCCUCAUGGAAAUGGAAGCCCACGAGGAUGCCUGGCCCUUCCUGCAUCCUGUGAACCCAAGGCUGGUGCCUGGCUAUAGGAAAAUCAUCAAAAGGCCCAUGGACUUUUCCACCAUCAGGAGAAAGUUGAUUAGUGGGAAAUACUUGACUUGUGAGGAGUUUGCUGAAGACACUACGCUGGUGUUUGAUAACUGUAUGACCUUUAAUGAGGAUGACUCGGAAGUCGGACGAGCAGGAUACACAAUGAGGAAAUUCUUUGAGAGUCGAUGGGCCGAGUUUUACCAUUCAAGCUAGACAGUCAUCAGAAAAUUGGGGCAAUGGAGUUCAAGAUAAGGCCCAGAAGCAUUGCUCCUCCGAAGCUCUAUGUAAAAUAUGAGCUUGGUGUCAAUUGUCAAAAGCCACCUCUGGCUGUUGGCUGCUCAGGACUGGAAAUGAAAUAGGUUUUGACAGUUUCAUGUGGCUCAAUGGUGGAAAUUAAUCCACAGUAUUUAAAAAAUAAACCCUAUCCUUAAUGUGUCAGUCUUAGCUUUUAGAUGCCGAGGUUGAAUAUGUGGGGAAUGGACAUCACAACAAGGGGUGCUCAAUAGACUGCUUGAUACCAUUAGACUUUGCUGCCAGUUACUGCACUUCAUCAUUCAUUUCAAGAGGGGUGAGAACAAUUGGAGUAAAGCUAUUUCAAACUGGGAAAGGCACAGGUUAAUUAUGUUACAUGUUCAUCAACUAACACAGAGUGGGACUUAAACAUGCAUUCUCAUGCUCUUAUAGUGACACCUGAGCUUUCACUAAAUUGUUUCAGUACUCAGCCCAGAGAAUUAUUUAUUUCCCCAUUGAAAUGUUUACUGUGCUGACUCAUGGCAAUGACGUGUCUGUUUUAGGAAGGUUGCAGGUCAGCACUCAUCUGGUCUGAACUGUAUGAGCUUUUGAGUUGGCCAGGACAAGGCUUUCUCCUUUAAGUAAAUAUAGGGGCUGAUAGAGGUGACAAAUCAGAUGAACAAUACAGUGACAGCCAACGGCUAGGUGCCAAACACAGAGUUUAGUUCUUAUGUUGCCCAAGGUCACAAAAGCAGCAUUCCACCUCUAUGAAAAGGAGCAGCCACAUAAAUGUUCAUCUUAAAAACAGCAUUCCAAACAUUUUGUGAAUUUUUCUUCUGUUCUGACCCUCUCUCCCUGCAUCAACCUCCCUCAGCAAUGAGGCAGACAACAUCACACUCAAGUGACAUAACCAGUACAAAGAGCUGUAAGGGACGAAAUUACCAAUCACGUCCAGAUUUCACUAAUAUCUAUUUAUAUUUGUGACAUUUAGUAAAUAAUAUUAUUUAUGUUUUUUUUAAAUUUUGCACUGAGCUCCAGAACUUUUGUUUGGGAGGUGGGGGGCAGUGAUGAAGAUGAAAUCUGGAGUGAUAAGUUCCCAGUCCAGACAGCACAAUGCCAUUUGGUAAUUCCAGUUCUAGAAAUCUUGAGCCAACUGUAACCAUUCCUGGAGCGUAGUUAAAGAUUUACAAAGCAUCAUCUGCAGCAAUAUAGCAAUAAUUUUUUUCCCCCCAGGGAUGAAUAUGAAUGUCAUAGCUCUUGCUCCAAGUUGGAAAUAUAGAGUCCAUUGAAAUCCACGUUCUUGUCUUUCACUACAAUGUCCAAUGCCCCCUCAAUGCCUCAAUAUUAUUGACUUUCACUACAAUGUUCCCCCUUGCCCCAAACUUACAAAUUCGGGCCCUCUUGUGCUCCUCAGAGUACAGGUCACAAUAAAGUUCAAAGUGUGGCUACAUUCCAAACACAGCAUUCACAUUGAAUCUCGUGUGACUGACAGAUUGUUGGGAAGGUAAAUAGAUUUAAUAAAAAGAAGAGUGCAUGUGCGCAGUAAAUUUCAUGCAGGUUUUUCAGACUGCUCCAGGCGGAUGGCUAAACAUCGUCUGGCUUACAUUACAAAAUAGAUGUGAUUGCGCUUGCUGCUUUUGAGUAGGUGUGUUUUAGUGAACAAUUCUAAGAUUCUACCUGAAAUAUGCUUGUCUGACACACAGAACAAUAGAUGAUUGUGGUGAUUGGACGUUGCAUUGGUUUAAGAUGGAGACAAGGAAAACAAUCAUGUUUGUGUUCGUACAUGGCUGGAUUGCAGCUGAAAAUGUUUAAAAUGCCAAGUCAAUCUGAUAGCUAAGAUCAAAGAUCAAGUCUCUCUAACAGAAAUAGAUCUGAUUAAAGGAGGUCUGCAACAUGAUCAACUUUUAGCUUUUCACCUCUCAUGAUUAAUGUGCAAAUCUACCCCAAACAUACUUGUUGAUAAGGUCCAAAAGAAAUGAUUCAAUCAAGUUUCCAACAGACAGAGGCCCACAGCACAGAAUUGGCAAUCUUACUGGGAGGAUCCACUUAGUUCAUGUGAAAGAUUCUCCUGGUGUAAGGGGUAUGCUUCUGAGGUUAGGCUAAAAUGUAUUGGCUGAGACUCUCUUCCAUGUUCCAGUUGGAAAUCUAGCAGACUCUCAGUGGAAUAAUAAUGCAAUAUUCUUUUGGGACUGUCACCUCACUAUCCCGUCUAGGGCUUCACUCCUUCCACCCAUUGAAUGCAAACAGAAAUGAGACUCAUGUCUCCAGAAAAUUUCCCUCCCAUCUGCUUACCUCUUCUUUCCAGAGGUGCCAAAGGGAGGGGUGAUCAAUCACAGAAAAUAUCUGUAACAGCUUUGAGGUAGCCCUAAUGAAUGGAUCAUGUCUCGUUACAGUCUCCUUUCCCUCUGUUCUGAUUUCAAACCAUUAUCAAUCAAUGGUCCUGAUCUCAACUGAAAUCUGUGGUGGUUCCAAUUAUUGGGGUAUUUCAAGUGCCAUUUAGCUUGUAAUUCACACCAGCAGGUUCCUGAAGUAGGAAUCUCACUGGAAACUUGCCACAUGUCCCAGUGAACUCAGUUAGGGUCAGCAAUAGAUUGAGAGAGAUGGACAGAGGUUAUUGAAACUUCUGUGUGGUACGGAGAAAGGAUGCAUUUUUAGACACACUGUAAGAUAUAAUUAUUUCUUUCUUUCUCUGUGAGGUCGGAAUGAAACAAAUUGGUGCAAAUUUUUCCAUUUUCUCAGACUAUCAAUUUGAUGAGCACAAAUUUCACCUAAAACAAGUGUGGUUACAAACAACAUUUAGAAUUUAUGAAUUAUUUGUAGAUGAGGGAACUUUAACCAGUAUGAUACAGCCCUGGAAAGGCCAAAAUAAUCUGAGAUGUUAAACCUCACAAAGCAUGUUGUAACAUGCUCAGUUGCAAUGGAAGCUUUAUUUAAAGUCACAUCCCACCCUACAGUAGGUAUCGUAGACUGAGAGAGUGUACGCAGGAAACUGUGUCUCUAAUUUUAACAAGAGUACGAGAAAUGUUUUCUUUGCCUCCUGUAGGUAUGUGCAGGUAUGAUGAAAGUUGAACAUGUAAUAAAUAUCAGGUAAUAUUCAAGAAGCAUUAACUCUCUCCUUGAGGGUGCUGGUGAAUAUGGCAGAGGUGAAUUGGGCCCCCAGAUGAACUUGUCAACAUAUGUGAACACUUUGGGAUCCGUUCAGUCCUUGACUAGUGUUUUUAGAAAUAGAAAUAUACUGCACAUACAUACAUGCGGACAUAUAUACACAUAGCCCCCCACCCAUUCCACACACUUUCUCUCACACACACAUCCACAAUCUCUCUCUCAUACUCACACAUGCACAUACACAAGUACAGUCACCUGUUCUCAUGCACAUAGCCUUCCACAUUCUGUCUAUUACACAAUUACACCCGCCGGCAGCAGCUUUUGUUUCACCUCUGGUGUACACGACACUGAUGAAACAAAGUGGGAGGGGCAAAAGAAGGGACAGAAUAUCCCAUUAUCAAACACUACCAACCCACACAGACAAAACCAAUCAAAAAACAAUAUUCAAAAACAAUAAUUUGAGUCAACGUGGAAAUUAAGUCAUGAGGAUCAGUCACACAAACCUAACUGGUCCGCAUAUGGAAGAACCCAUUCCUUAUUCCUUUUACGUAAAGGAACACCCUUUUAUAUGACCACCUUUGCUGUUGAGAACUGUUUUAUAAUGUACAGUUUUUUUUUGUGACUGAAAGUUCAUUCGUUUCUAUAUAUUUUUAGGACCAACAACCUUUCUAAAAAGAAGCUUUUAAACGAGAGGACCUCUCUGAAUCAUGCUGUGACGGGUGUUGUAAUGCAAGUGCAACUGUAGAAUAUAUUGUGAGUUCAAUAAA